ACUUGGAGAAGAGGCAGCCCGAGCGCGAGGAAGCCCAGGGCGACUGCAGGGAGGAGGAAGAGCAGCAGAAGUGUUGGUGUCUGUCCCCCAGCUCCGCCAAGAUGGGCGACUGGAGCUUCCUGGGAGAGUUCCUGGAGGAAGUGCACAAGCACUCCACGGUGAUCGGCAAGGUCUGGCUCACCGUCCUCUUCAUAUUCCGCAUGCUGGUGCUGGGCACCGCGGCCGAGUCUUCCUGGGGGGACGAGCAGUCGGACUUCCAGUGCGACACGAUCCAGCCCGGCUGCGAGAACGUCUGCUACGACCAAGCCUUCCCCAUCUCCCACAUCCGCUACUGGGUGCUGCAGAUCAUCUUCGUCUCCACGCCAUCCCUGGUGUACAUGGGCCAUGCCAUGCACACGGUGCGCAUGCAGGAGAAGCGCAAGAUGCGCGAGGCCGAGACCGGCAAGGAGGUGCAGGGGGCCGGCUCUUAUGAGUACCCGGCGGCCGAGAAGGCGGAGCUGUCCCGCUGGGAGGAAGUGAACGGCAGGAUCCUCCUCCAGGGCACUCUGCUCAGAACCUACGUCUGCAGCAUCGUCAUCCGCACCACGAUGGAGGUGGCCUUCAUCGUGGGCCAGUACCUGCUCUACGGGAUCUUCCUGCACACCCUGCAUGUGUGCCGCAGGAGCCCCUGCCCGCACCCCGUCAACUGCUACGUGUCCCGGCCCACGGAGAAGAACGUCUUCAUUGUCUUCAUGCUGGCCGUGGCCGGACUGUCCCUCUUCCUCAGUCUGGCUGAACUCUACCACCUGGGCUGGAAGAAGAUCGGACAGCGACUGGCCAGGUCGCCGCAGAGCUCGGCGGAGGGCCGCCUGCCUGGCCCCUCGGCGGGCACAGCCCAGAGCUGCACGCCUCCGCCCGACUUCACUCAGUGCUUGGAGAAUGGCCCUGGGGGGAGGUUCUUCAGCACCUUCAGCACCAACACGGCCUCCCAGCAGAACACAGACAACCUGGCCACGGAGCGGGUGCGAGGCCGGGAGCAGGUGCCGGCGGAGGGCUUCAUCCACAUCCGCUAUGACCAGAAGCCCGAUGUGCCGGAUGGUGUCUCACCAGGCCACCCCCUCCCUCACGGCUACCAGAGUGACAAGCGGCGUCUUAGCAAGGCCAGCAGUAAGGCCAGGUCAGAUGACCUGUCAGUGUGACCUUCCACUGUGCCAGGACCACAAUCUGCCGGGAGCAAAGGGGUCUCGGAAGGGGAAGGGGUGGCCCUUCUCAGCCUAUGCUCUUACACUCUUCCCUGCUCUGCUCCUUGGGCCUUGGCUCUCAGUGGCAUUCCUCCUUACCUCCAGAGGGUGUGACCAGGGCUCCAAGCUGUACUCAGAGAUAAGCUACGCCCUUGGCUCCCGUCCCUCCCAUCGCCUAGCCAGGGUACCCAGUGAAGCCUUUCAGAUCACUCACUGAGCAGGGUGGAGGAAGGGGAGGGAAACAUGGCCGGAUCUGCCCUGGGAGGGAGAACCAGGGGCACAGAACACCAGCAACAUGCCAGGGACAUAUAGCAGAUGGGGUCCCCAAGACCCCCCUGGCUACCUUGACCUCAUCACCCCUCCUCUCCCAAGGAAGAGCCCAGUGAGUCAACACAUGUGCUCAGGAACCUGUAAUCUCCAUGGGCCACUGCUUAGAGUGGUGGUGAGGUGGCCUUGGGCUGCCCUUGGCUGUCCCGCCCUCUACCCAGUCUUCAAAAGGGAUCCUUGGAACUUGCCCAGCAGCCUCGAUUUUACAAGUGCCUUGGCAUGGACCGCUGGCAAAUGUCCCAGCAUGGUGGUGUUGCAGCCUUGCCUUCAGCCAGGGUGCACGCCCGGUCUGGGGCGGGGGGGUGGUGCCAGCUCCUCUAGGGAGUCACUGUACACACAGACUCCACAGGAACUCCGGCCACCACCUGCCAUCCUGCAGCUCUGUUACAGUUCCACCCAAUAAUAGCAACCAUCCCCGCCCUUCCUCCCUCGGCCGUCCCUGCAGUGCUGUCCUACAGACCUUAUCGACAGCGUGCCCAGGAAACCAUCGUCGUCGCUCGGGUCCUGACCAGAAGAUCCCCAGCCGCUGGGGCCAGUGGAAUUUCCCCAGGUCUUAUUAGAACAAAGCAAACAUUGUGCUUCUCACAACCCCCUCGGGAAAAGAUAAAUCUGCUGUGAAGAUGGAAAUAAAACAGGAGAGAAAACACUGGAAAACUUUUUCUUUCCUAUUUAUUUCCCUUGCUCACUGCCAACCUAGAGUGCCAAGAAGAGGGAUGAUGACAGGUCUGGAGGCCCCCACAGCUCUCUUUUCCUGGAGGCUUUAGCAGGGGCCUGGAAGCAGCAGGGGGGUCUCAUACUCCCUUGGCAGGUGCUUACUUAAAGAGCGCAGAGCCUUAGGUCUCCCUGAUGCCCCAGUGAGACCGGCAAGUGGGGCGCCUUCCCCUCGGACUCGGCUGAUGUCUCUGUUCAGUGGUUCCUUCGUGGGCGGCUGCCGUUUCAGGUGCAGGUAGAGGAUGCUCAGAACUGGAUGCUGAGGCUUAACAGAAAGAAUGAUUUUUAAAAAAUGGAAUGCAUGCGUGUGUGGUGCAUGUGCAAAUGGGUAAAGCGGAGGGGAAUCCUGCAAUAAGGGAAGGGAAAUGUGUCUUCUUGUCCUCUCCUCCAGCCAUGUCGGAGGGGCUGGGCCUCACUGUUUCAGUGACAUCAGCUAAACGAGUAGGAAUGAGGGGUAGGAACAGGGGUGGGGAGCUCAGAGAAGCCUCCCUCCUGUUCCACCUGCGCGUCGUUGAGCCCCUCUGCUGAUAUUUACGAGCCCUUGGUGGGUGCCCAGAGGGAGGAGAGCGAAGACAUGGAGGAGACUGCCUGGGAUACUAUUUAGGAUGGCCGUCGUCCCAGGUCUCUGGACAGGACACCUUCCAUCUAUCGCCUGGUACCAGCAUUAGGAUCCUCUCUCCUUCCAUCUCUGAAAUGUGCUUGCUGUGCAAUGAGUGUUCCUGAAUUAGAAACUCGACGAGAUCAAUCCUUGAUGG